AUGUAGGCCUAAUGCACUUUGUGUUUAUUUGAAGUGUCGGCCUACUGUUCCUGUUCUGCUUACUUCACAUGUAGGCCUUAUGCACUUUUUAUGUUUGUUUGAAUUGCAGGCCUAAUGUACCUGUUUUGUUUACUUGAAAUGUUAACAUGCGUUACUUUGCCUUACUAGUUUUUCAUGGUUAAAAGUAAGCUAUUUGGAAAUUGAAAAUAAAUACAUCUGAAAUUAUAAGGUAAUAUGCCGUGUUGAUUGUAUUUGACAAAAGAAGGCUAUUAGGGCGUGGUAGGUUCGGACCUUUCUUGGAAGGAAUUUUUAGUAACUGGACCUUGUUCAAAUUUAAUUGAAGACCCCUGCUCUAAACCAUUCAGAAAGUGGUGUCCUUGAAGGUGGGGUGUUGGAACAUGCGACCGCAAAAAUGACGUAGAAGUGUGUGUGUGUGUGUGUGUGUGUGUGUGUGUGUGUGUGUGUGUGUGUGUGUGUGUGUGUGUGUGUGUGUGUGUGUGUGUGUGUGUGUGUGUGUGUGUGUGUGUGUGUGUGUGUGUGUGUGUGUGUGUGUGUCAGAACUUCUUUUACCAGCAGGAGGUGCCAUAGUACUUCAAACGGGGAAAACUUUCCAAAAGUAAAAGGAAAUCCCCCACUGAACAGACUGUAUCGCUGUCUUGUGCUCUCAGCACUGCUGCUCGUGUGUGCACUGUGCGCGUGCAUAUCGGGGAGAGUUCCUAUAGCAUCGUAGCGCCAAUAAACAGCUCAUUCUCUGUUUCCGUCUAAAAUCAGAUCGGGGUUGGAUUAAAAGUAUUCGGGGAAGCCCAGGAAACCCGAAUAUAUCUACACCGAUGAUCCCUGUUACAGUUGCAAAUAACCAUUAAAUCACCACAAUGUCUCUCGUUCUGCACCGGCUCUCUACUAACUCCAGAAAGAAGAGAACACACAUCACCGCAUUUGAAGAGGCCGACACGGUGAAUAAAUGCAGUGCACUCACGUACCGUGGCGGCGGAGCCAGGUGUUAGGGGAGGAGGGGAAAGGCAUGUUGAGGAAACGAAACCUAGAGCACCCCGAUGUGUAAGCGGUUCCCUCUUUCUGGAGAAUAAUAAUACACAUCAAAUAGUCUGACAGACAGCAACAACAGCAAGGAAUGGCCUCUGCAAUCACUUCCUGGUCUGAGGAGAACUUUUCAUGUUCCAUCUGUCUGGAUGUGUUCAGCAGUCCAGUUUCCACACCUUGUGGACACAACUUCUGCAGAACCUGUAUUACAAAGUACUGGGAUGAACAAGUCAAGUACAAAUGUCCUGUUUGCAACAAGCUUUUCGACACAAGACCUGAUCUACAGGUCAAUACCCUCUUAUCAGAGAUGGUUGAUCGGUUUGGAACGUCCGUGAGAGUAAAAGAGCAGCCUUGUGUUGAACCAGCUGAAGUUCCCUGUGACGUUUGUACUGGGACCCAGCUGAAGGCUGUGAAGUCCUGCCUGGAGUGUUUUAUGUCGUUCUGCCAAACCCACCUGGAGCCACAUCAGAGAGUCACAGUUUUGAAGAAACAUCGGCUGGCCGAGCCUAUGGACCGUCUGGAAGACAGGAUGUGUAAGAAACACGACCGACUUCUGGAGCUCUUCUGCCAGACUGAACAGGUGUGUGUGUGUCAGUUCUGCACAGAGACAGACCACAAGUCCCAUCCUGUUGUACCUCUAAAGGAGGAAUAUCAAAUGAAGACGUCCCAGCGGGAGAAGUUAGAGGCUGAAGUUCAGCAGAUGAUCCAGGAGAGAAAAAUAAAGCUCAAGGAGAUCAAAGACACAGUAGAAAUGAGCAAGAAAGACGCAGACAUCACUGCUCUGAUGCGCUGCAUUGAAAAGUGGCAGGAUUAUCUCAAGCAAAUGGUGAAAGAGAGACUGAAAUCCACAGUGAAACAAGCUGAAGACCUCAUCAAUGAGCUGGAGAAGGAAAUAGAAGAUCUGGCCAAUAGAAGCUCAGAGCUGAAGCAGCUCUCAAACACUAAAGACCACCUCCACUUCCUCCAGGCCUUCAGAUCCCUGAAGAAUCCUCCACCCACCAGGGACUGGACGACGGUGGAGGUCCGUCCUCCAUCAUACGUAGGGACCGUGAGGAGAUCCCUGGAUCAGCUGGAGGAGAUACUUAACAUGGAGAUGAAGAAGCUGUGUGAUGAUGCUGAACUGAAGAUAGUCCAGCAGUAUGAAGUAGAUGUGACUCUGGAUCCUGAUACAGCUCAACCCCGUCUCAUCCUGUCUGAGGAUGGGAGACAAGUACAUGACGGAUGUGUAGAGAGGAAACUCCUGGACAACCCUAAGAGAUUUACGAAGCAACUAUGUGUUCUAACGAGGCAGAGCUUCUCCUCAGGGAGAUUUUACUUUGAGGUCCAGGUUAAAGACAAGACUGGAUGGGGUUUAGGAGUGGCCAGAGAGUCCAUCAACAGAAACAGUUUCAUUAUAGUGACCCCUGAGACGGGUUACUGGACUGUUUACUACGAAGAGGAUGGGUUGUUAUUUAGUGAUGACCCUGAUUUCCGUGUCCCUCUGAGAGCUGAGCUCCAGAAGGUAGGGGUGUUUGUUGAUUAUGAUGAGGGUCUGGUCUCCUUCUAUGAUGUGGAAGCCAGGGUUCAUAUCUACUCUGCUACUGGCUGCACCUUUAGUGAGCCUCUCUAUCCAAUCCUCUGUCCAAGUCUCUAUGAUUAUAAAGGUAAUAACUCUGCCCCCCUGAUCAUCUCACCUGUCAAUCAAACAGACUAGGACCUUUGUUUGAUAAUAAAAUAAUCAAACAACGUAAACAACUGAUGUUGUUUUCCGAAUUAGAAUUUCUACUAUGUGAGAUCUGAGAGAACUAUAUUGAUAUUGUACUUUUCACUCUAAUUUAACAGAUCAAUAAAUUAAUCCACUAACACUGUGUAAUAUAAAAAAUAUAACCCAUUAUAAUUCAUACAACUAUGAACUCUUUCUGUAUUUUUAAUGUAAGAAAGAAAGUAAGUAAAUAACGUGAAAUGUUUAUUUU